AUGUCUCCACAAAUCACAGUUUCUCUAGGUGAAGAGAUCUUAGCUUCAGCUCCUAAAGAUCAGACGGAGACUGUUGAAGGCAAUUAUUAUUUCAAAGAAGAAGCAGUGAAAGAUAAAUCUAAAUUCAAACCUUCAAAGACGGAAAGUACUUGUCCUUGGAAGGGUCUCGCAAAAUACUACGACUACGUCAAUUCCGAUGGAAAAGUGUACAAGGAUUUAGUUUGGUAUUAUCCCAACCCCAAGAAAGGCGCAGAGAUGGUAGACGGUCGUUGGGCUUUUUACAAGUCUAAACAUCCCGAUCUUCACAUCAGCUGA